AUGUCGGCGACGCAAGUAGAAGUGCAACAAAACAAUGAGGAUCAGAAAAUUGGUGGUGUGAACAAAUCUGCCGACUCAGUAGUAACCACCCUCAACAAUGCAUUGAACGAAAACAAUAAUGCAAUGGAUAAACCCAUUAAAAUGGAUACAACUGCAACACAAGAAGAAACCAAGAAUGGUGUGGAUGAACAAAAAGAAUUGGCCGAAAAAUACAAAAAUCAGGGAAAUGAGCUGUUAAAAAAUAAGGAAUUCACUAAAGCAAUUGAAAUGUACACCAAAGCUAUAGAGUUAUAUCCUUGCGCAAUUUACUAUGCCAACCGUUCACUAGCUCAUCUACGACAGGAAAGUUUUGGUUUUGCACUGCAAGAUGGUCUCUCUUCGGUAAAAACUGAUCCAAACUAUUUGAAAGGAUAUUACCGUCGUGCUGCUGCUCAAAUGUCUCUGGGUAAAUUCAAACAAGCCUUAGCCGACUUUGAAUAUGUCUCAAAAUGUCGUCCCAAUGACAAAGAUGCUAAACUGAAAUACACAGAAUGCAAUAAAAUAGUUAAAAUGCGUGCUUUUGAACGGGCCAUCGCUGUGGAUAAGCCCGAAAAAACGUUAGCGGAAAUGUACAAAGAAUUAGAAGAUAUUGCCAUUGAAGACGCUUACUCGGGGCCGGCCCUAAAAGAUAACAAAGUUACAUUAGAAUUCAUGAUGGACUUAAUGGAACAUUACAAGAACCAAAAAAUAUUACAUCGCAAAUACGCUUACAAAAUACUGUGCGAUAUCGACCAAUAUAUGCGUACGCAGCCCUCUCUUGUCGACAUUAACGUACCGGAUGAAUCGAAAUUUACUAUUUGUGGAGAUAUCCAUGGUCAGUUCUAUGAUCUUAUGAACAUCUUCAAAAUAAAUGGCUUGCCAUCGCCGACGAAUCCAUAUCUGUUCAAUGGGGAUUUCGUUGAUAGAGGCUCAUUCUCCGUUGAGUGUAUAUUUACACUGUUUGGCUUUAAGCUUUUAUAUCCGAAUCACUUCUUUAUGUCCCGAGGCAAUCACGAAAGCAUCAACAUGAAUCAAAUGUACGGCUUCACUGGUGAAGUAUCUGCAAAAUAUACCUCACGCAUGGCUGAUAUGUUCACACGUGUAUUCAAUUGGUUACCACUAUGUCAUUGUAUAAACAACAAGAUACUCGUUAUGCAUGGUGGUCUGUUCUCGAGCGACUCUGUCGUUUUGGAAGAUUUACGCCGCAUCGAUCGCAAUUGCCAACCACCAGAAGAAGGUCUGAUGUGUGAACUAUUAUGGUCCGAUCCACAGACAUGGCCGGGUCGUGGUCCUUCAAAACGUGGUGUAGGCAUUCAGUUCGGACCCGAUGUCACCAAAGCGUUUUGUAAUCGAAAUAAUCUGGAUUAUAUUGUACGAAGCCAUGAAGUCAAAGAUAUGGGCUAUGAAGUUACACACGAUGGUCAGUGCAUUACGGUGUUUUCAGCACCCAAUUAUUGCGAUACCAUGGGUAAUAUGGGCGCGUUCAUAACAAUUAAAGGCAACGAUUUGAAACCUAAUUUCCAAUCAUUUGAGGCUGUGCCUCAUCCUGAUGUCAAGCCAAUGGCAUAUGCAAAUAGCUUAAUGAGUUUACUCGCGUAGUCAUAUAGUUUAAGUUGACUUUGUAUAGUAACAUAAAAUGGGGCAAGAAACGUUUUUAGGAAGUAUUGUAAUCUUCAACAAAUACCGACUACAAAUUAAAACAAAAACCACACGAGAGUAUGCCGUAUGAACACCGCAAUUUAAACUACAAAAUUGCUUUCAAAAAAAGGCCAUUGAAUGAGUUUCAAAUUUAUUAACAGCUAAAACGUUAACUCUGGUGCUUAGCAAAGAAUCCCAAUUAUACAAAACUGUUAGCUACAAACAUUUAAAAACGAAUGUGAAGACGUAUAAUAUUACACUUAAUUUUAAAAUUUAUACAACUAAAGACAUUCAAGUCAUUGUAAGCGAUAAACACAAUAUUUCAGCUUCUAAGGGUCUGAUAAACACCUUAACUUUUAAUUAUACAUUUCAAAAAACUUCCUCUACUUCACAACUUUUAUGGUAAAUACUGUCCAAAAAAAAAAAAAAUUACGUAAAGAAACUUUUAUACCAAAAUAAAUAUACACACAUUCACAGCGAUUUGGUUGAUUAUUUGCUCUUCAUUUAUUAAAGUCGACUAACUUUUUUUUUUUUAAUAAAUUAAAAUUCGAUAACCGGCAUGAGGUUUGAUGUGCCACAACUAAUUUCAACCUGUACAAUGUUUUAUAUACACUGAAAUGUAUACACGUUACCGCUUGUUUUACAAAUUUUAUCACAUUAACGAAAAUGCGUUUUAAGUCAUCUUAAAUCUAAAUACAAUCAAUUUUAGUUAUAUUUUACUUUAAACACUUAAUGCAAUUUAAUGGAAAAAUCAAUUUAUGAAAAUAGAGAAUGAAAGGAAAGCACGUUUUGCUAUGAAAAUAAUUUACAAGUGUGUUUUUUUUAUAACUAAAACAACCAAACAUUUAUCUAAGCAAAUUUAUACAGACCAUGAUGCUAAGUACUGUACAAUCGUAAUUUUUAAAGCUUUUAAAAAAACCAAACUUAUUCUUCUAUGUAUAUACAUACACAUGUAUAUGUGUAUGCUUACAUUCAUACAUUAUAUUUGUUGCCCGCUAAAUUUGAGUUUGCUCUAAAUACAUACAUACAUACAAUACAUAAAUACAUAGUGUUAGAAGUCAAAGUGAGAAAUUGUAAUGAAAGCGAAUUGCAGCUAAACACAAAAUAGUGUAUGCAUGUUAAAGAAUGAAUAUAUUAGUAUGCCUGGCUGAGCUAGACUCCACAUACACUAAGUAAUACAUACAUAUAAAUAAUAAAGAAAAAAGAAGAAAUAAAUAUAUAUAUAUAUAUACAUACAUAUUACGUGUGAACAUGCAGGAACGCAAUAUGAUGUGCGUAAAAUGGAAUGAAAAAAAAAAAAA